ACAAAAACAUGUAUUUACAGGGACAGGAAGGAAUGGGCAGAUAUUGGACCUAUCCCUCAAAAUGAUGGGCCAAAUCCUGUUGUUCAGAUCAUCUACAGUGAAAAAUUUCGAGAUGUCUAUGAUUACUUCCGGGCUGUUCUACAGCGGGAUGAGAGAAGCGAAAGAGCUUUCAGGCUAACAGCUGAUGCCAUUGAGUUAAAUGCUGCAAACUACACAGUAUGGCAUUUCCGGAGAGUCCUCCUGCAGUCUUUGGGAAAGGAUCUCUAUGAGGAACUUAAGUAUAUUACAGCUAUCAUUGAAGAUCAGCCAAAGAACUACCAAGUCUGGCAUCACAGACGGGUGUUGGUGGAGUGGCUGCAGGAUCCAUCCCAAGAGCUUGAGUUCAUAGCUGGUAUUCUUAACCAAGAUGCCAAAAAUUACCAUGCUUGGCAACACAGACAAUGGGUAAUUCAGGAGUUCAAAUUAUGGGACAAUGAACUGGAAUACGUAGACCAGCUUUUGAGGGAAGAUGUGAGAAACAACUCUGUUUGGAACCAGCGACACUUUGUAAUUUUCAACACCACCGGCUACGAUGAUCCAGCAGUCCUAGACAGAGAAGUCCAAUACACUCUUGAGAUGAUCACAGCAGUGCCACACAACGAGAGCGCUUGGAACUAUUUAAAAGGGAUUCUGCAGGAUCGUGGUCUUUCUACGUAUCCAGAUCUGUUAGAGCAACUGUUGAAUUUACUGCCCAGCCACAGUUCGCCCUAUCUGAUUGCCUUUCUUGUGGACAUAUAUGAAGAUAUGCUUGAAAACCAGUGCGAUAACAAGGAAGAAACACUAAACAAAGCAUUGGAGUUGUGUGAAAUUCUGGCUAAAGAAAAAGACACCAUCCGAAAGGAAUACUGGAGAUAUAUUGGAACAUCCCUUAAGAACAAGCACAGCUCAGGCACUGAACAGAGCAUGGUAACAGACAAGCAGCAGUAACUGAACGUGGAAGAAGACAGUGUUAAUCUCUCAAGCUGUUCUAAAGCAGUACUAAGUAGGGUCAUCAAGUAGUUUAAUAUCCAGUGUGGUAUUCCUCUGGUGAAGAGGUAUUACAAUGAAAGAAGAGUGCAGAGUCAGUCGCUGCUGCUACCGGUGAUAGCUCUAGGUGCAGUCAAGAAAUGUCUUAAGGCUUACCUAUUGAAAUGACC